UGCAGAAUUGUCUCUCUCAUGAGCAGCCAGCAUUUUUCAGAUCUGCUGGUGUCUCACACCAAACCGUGUGUGUUAUAUGGACCAGUGGUGGCUGUAAAUAUGACCGGCUGCAUCCUUUUUGUUUUUGACAUGGAAGGAAACUGAGAUCAGCAGGAGGAAGCUGAUCAACCAACUUUUAAUGUCAUUUUGAGUCGAAAAGGAUUUUUCUUUGUUUGCUUACUAAGGUGUCCUUUAAACCCCAGAAAAACAAACAGUUACUGUUACUUUGUUGUUGUUGUUGUUUUUUGGUUAGAUGAAAGAGGAUUACCUAAAGAUUUUUAUUUACUGAUUUAAUUGAUACUGAUUCCUACGUUUUCUUUGAAUAGAAAUUGAUUCCCUUGCUGCCAGUUUUGACAGCAGUAUUUUAACCCUUUGUUGUAGUGCAAUGAGCACAGCAAAGAGAAGUGGCUUCAGUCCAUUUGGAUCAGUACCUUCAGCCCUGAUGCGUUCUGCAGCAGCAGCUACUGGAGACAAGCCUGCUAGAGGGGCUUUCUCCCUGGAGAAGGAGAAGCAGAAAGACGGGACUGCUUGUGAGAAGCAGGAACAGGCCUCUGUCGGUCGCGUGUUGGAGGAAUUUUUCUGGAUCGGAACCAGCAUUGUGGCUUUUUCCAAAUGGCGUCUCGGCUACAUGGUGGAGAAAUGCAUGAGCUCGAUGCAGAUCGGGACCCAGAUGGUGAAGCUCCGUGGCGGCUCCAAGGGACUGGUGCGGUUCUUUUACCUGGAUGAACACAAGUCCUGCAUCCGCUGGCGGCCGUCACGCAAGAACGAGAAGGCCAAGAUCUCCAUUGACUCCAUCCGUGAGGUCUGUGAGGGAAAACAGUCUGAGAUCUUCCAGCGGUAUGCAGAUGGCAGCUUUGACCCAAACUGCUGCUUCAGUCUGUAUUACGGAGAACACAUGGAGUCCCUGGACCUGGUAUCUGGAACAGGAGAGGAGGCCCGGACCUGGAUCACUGGCCUCAAGUACCUGAUGGCCGGGAUCAGUGACGAGGACAGCUUGGCGAAGAGGCAACGCACCCGCGACCAGUGGCUGAAGCAGACGUUCACUGAGGCUGAUAAAAACGGCGACGGGAGUUUAAGCAUCAACGAGGUUCUUCAGCUUCUGCAUAAACUCAACGUCAACCUGCCUCGACAAAAGGUCAAACAGAUGUUCAAGGAGGCAGACACAGAUGACAAACAGGGAACUUUGGGGUUCGAGGAGUUCUGCUCCUUCUACAAGAUGAUGUCGACCCGCAGGGAUCUGUACCUGCUUAUGCUCACCUACAGCAACCACAAAGACCACCUGGACACAGAUGACAUCACUCGCUUCCUGGAGACUGAGCAAAAGAUGACAAAGGUGACCAAGGACCACUGCUUGGAGAUCAUCAACAAGUUUGAGCCGUGCUCUGAAAAUCAAAAGCAGGGCGUUUUGGGAAUUGAUGGUUUUACAAACUACAUGCGCAGUCCAGCUGGGGACAUCUUCAACCCAGAGCACUACAACGUGAACCAGGACAUGACCCAGCCGCUGUGCAACUACUUCAUCGCCUCAUCGCACAACACCUACCUGAUGGGAGACCAGCUGAUGUCCCAGUCCAGGGUGGAUAUGUACGCCUGGGUGCUGCAGGCAGGCUGUCGCUGUGUGGAAGUCGAUUGCUGGGACGGCCAGGAUGGAGAGCCCAUCGUGCACCAUGGUUACACCCUGACCUCCAAGAUCCUUUUCAAAGACGUCAUCGAGACGAUCAACAAGUACGCCUUCAUCAAGACAGACUACCCGGUGAUCCUGUCCAUAGAGAACCACUGCAGCGUUCCUCAGCAAAAGAAGAUGGCCCAGUACCUGGUGGAGAUCCUCGGGGACAAACUAGAUGUGUCCAGCGUCAAGGCGGAGGAGUCUGGGAGACUGCCGUCUCCAGAAUCUCUCAGGGGCAAGAUCCUGGUGAAGACAUCAGCUAACAGGAAGCAGGUGGAAAACAUGGCUAAGAAAAAACUGGACAACCUGAUGAAAGAGUCCAAGAUCCGAGACCGGGAGGAUCCGGACAGCUUCACCAUCGCUGGCCUCCCACCAAGUGGGAAGACCCUUGAUAAGAGUGACAUCAAGGGUAAAAGUGAUGAGGGGACAGACACAGCCGAUGAGACCAACCCCAGCAGUACCAAGCGCUCCAGCCGCUCCUUCAUCGGAAGCUUCUCCAAGCGCAAGAAAAAGUCGUCAAAGUUGAAGAAGACGUCGAGCUACGAAGAUACAGACACGGACCAGGAGAGCACAAGCAGCGCUUCUCGAGCUCCACCCCACCACAACAAAAAGAAGAAGACCAUGAAGCUCUCUAGAGCCCUGUCUGAUCUGGUGAAGUACACCUGCUCUGUGGGUCUGUAUGAUAUUGAAGCCCAAGCUAACUGCAGCUGGCAGGUGUCGUCUCUGAGCGAGACCAAAGCCCAUCAGCUGAUGCAACAGAAAGCUGGAUCCUUCAUCCAGUUCAACCAGCGCCAGCUGUCCCGGAUCUACCCGUCCUCCUACCGGGUGGACUCCUCUAAUUUCAACCCCCAGCCUUUCUGGAGCAGCGGCUGCCAGCUCGUUGCUCUGAAUUACCAGUCUGAGGGGCGGGUCCUUCAGCUCAACCGAGCUAAAUUCUACAGCAACGGGAACUGUGGCUACAUCCUCAAACCCGCCUGCAUGUGUGAAGGUGCCUUUAACCCGAACCUGGAGGACCCCCUGCCAGGCCGCAUGAAGAAACAGCUGGUGUUAAAGAUAAUCAGUGGACAACAGCUGCCCAAACCCAAAGAUUCAAUGCUGGGAGACAGAGGAGAGAUUAUCGAUCCGUUUGUGGAGGUGGAGAUCAUCGGCCUCCCAGUGGACUGCUGCAAAGAGCAGACCAGAGUGGUGGAUGACAACGGGUUCAAUCCGAUGUGGGAGGAGACUCUGGUCUUCACGGUUCACAUGCCGGAGCUGGCCCUUGUGCGUUUCCUUGUGUGGGAUCAUGACCCCAUCGGCCAAGACUUCAUCGGACAGCGGACCAUCGCUUUCCACAGCAUGAUGCCAGGUUAUCGCCACGUUUACCUGGAAGGUAUGGAGGAAGCUUCCAUUUUUGUUCAUGUGGCUGUGAAUGACAUCACCGGUAAGGCCAGAGCAGCCGGUGGUAUAAAGGGUCUGUUUCACAGAAACCCAAAGCAGGCUUCCCUGGACAGCCAUGCUGUUGUGCACCCCGGCCGUAAGCACCCGUUCGGUGCCCACCUCCUGCGCCGCACCGCCAGCGCCCCCACCAGAGGCCAGCCCAAAGUUAAGAAGGGCUUCCCUGAGCUCGCCAUCGACACCAAAGAUUAUAGCUCGGAGGGGGCAAGUGAGGAGCGGGAGUCUGAGGACAGAGACAGGGCAUCUGCAGCCACAUCCUACCAGUUCACUCCUUCACCACAGCAUCACAUCGGGGAAUCGGUGGACCCCCGCCAAGCCAAGGGCUCCUGGGACCGUCCUGACACGAACGGAGCUCUCCACCCAGAGGAGAGCAAAGGUAAGAGCUCACCUUUUGCUCAGCGCCGACCCAUGAGUGAGCCUCUAAAGCGGGCCAGCCAUCUCCGCUUUCACGAGCCGCUGGACAUGAAGCCAGGCGUGUUUGCUCGAGUGGCUCUCAGUAGCUCAGGUAGGAUGGGCAUGUCCUCCAACUGCAUCACCUGUGUGAUUGGCUCCAAGGAGAGUCCAGAGGCCGAACGAAAGGUUGAGGAAACACAAAAAGGCAAGUCUGGAAAGACGGACGUGGACAGACAGGAGAGAAAUGUUCGUUCAGACCCAGACAAGAGACAAGCUCGACAAGAUGCAGUUGCCAAGACAGCAGCUGCCCCUCCUGACUUACAGCAGCCUCUGUCCAAAGCCACUUCCUGCAUGGAAGCCCAGUUUCAGUGGCCUCCUCAGGCUGUCCUAUGUACCGCCCCGUUCUCCAGGUCAAAGGCCAGACAGACUCUCGGUCCCCAACACUUCCGGCCUCAUCCUCAAGCUCAUCCCAGGAGCAUCCGGUCCUGCAGCGUUCCACGCAGGCGCUCCCCUAACGCCGUUACACCUGCACCUUGCAUGGCUCCAGACUGCAGGACCAGCCUAUGCUGGCAGCAGACCACCCCCCCCAACUACGGGUCCGUCUGUGGCUCAUCAACCACUCCAUUAAAACCCCUGACUGUGAGUGAAGCUCUGUUGCUCAGCGACAGCAGCAGCUGUGACAGUCUGAGCAGCUUGGAGUCGCCUCCCAUGCUGCCUCCACGCUCUGUCCUCGACAGCCGCAAGAGGGCGGUAGGGACCCUGCAGCGCGAGAUGAACGCCCUGUUUACCCAGAAAAUGGAAGAGCUGCACCAUAAGUCCCCCAUGUUUUUUGCUGGUAAGAUGAACCUGAGGCCAACCUGGUGCUUGAGCAUUCCCAUCAUGACAAACUCUUCCACGGUGCAGGAAUCAAACUCCCCUCCUCGCAUUCCUUCACUAAAAGGGGGAAAUCCCAGUAGCAGUUGUUUGAUCCGCUCUGCCUCCAGUCCAGAGCAGAGCCUGUCACCGCAUCGCUCCACUCCUACACCGCUGCAUCCACCAUCAGCUCUUCCUUCAGCCUCUACAGCCGGCAGUCCCCUGUAUGGCGCAGCGCACAGCACCACUAAAGUCAGCAGAGACGUUAAAGCCUCCACGUCUUUCCCUCCCAACAAUCCCGCAGAGAUGGCUGAACCGUCUCUGUCCCCCCGAGUCGCCCAGGCAACAAGAGGCGCCCUGGAGGAGAAGAUACCAGAACGGAGGAAAACCCCAGAAACUCUUGCUCCAGGAGAAAGAAGGCCUCAAAGAGCAGAGCCCCCAGGUGAAACACGGCCCCCGGGAAGCCUGGGGCCCCCAGCUGCUCAGCCUCCCCAGGCCAGGAGAGCUCUCUUCAGCUCCCCACCACAACCUGUCCCAGUAAGACGGGCAAAGAGCGAAGGGCACGUUCUGGGGGAGGGAGCCAAGCCGGCCCAGUCGGCUGUACCAGAGAUCUGUACAGACGCCACCAUGAACGACCGGCUCUGGAGCAAACUGGAGCCCGGCAGCCACAGGGACAGCAUGUCCUCGUCCUCCAGCAUCUCCUCCAACGAUACGGUGAUUGACCUGUCUCUACCUAACCUGGCCAGAAGGAGCCUCUGCGUUCUGCCCAGUCCCAGUAACGGCUGCGACGCCUCCUGGAUGGACUGCCGCCAUGCCGCGCCGCCUCCCUGCGACACGGUGAGGGUCAGCAAGAGCAAGUCCAACCCCAACCUUCAGCAAAGGAGCUGUCCCAAAGACGAGCUUAAGCCCCGCCCACUGCAGCCAGCCCAGAACGCUGCAGACGAGUCACCUGGCAGACUGACCCAAAGAAGGCACACCUGGUGCCGGCUUUACAUGGAAGGACUCAAGCAGGCGUCGCCCAAAAGGCCGAGCGGCGCUGCAACCUCAGCCCCGUCCAUGUCAAAGAGUCUCGGAGACCUGACCUCUGAGGACAUCUCCUGCAACUUUGACAGCAAGUACCGCAGCAUCAGCCGCAGCUUCAUCGUACGGCCCAGCAGAGAUGUUCUCCGUAAGGGCAGCGCUCCGAGGAGCCGGCCGCAGAGCGACCUGACGGAGCAGCUGCGCAGGCUGACCGACGUGGAGCCCCUGAGUCCCUGUGACUUCAUCCCGGAGGGCGGAGCCAGAGGCACGGGGGGGCAGGAGGCCGAGGAGGCGCUGGUGAGACGGACCUCCUCCAGGAGCCAAAGCAGGGUCCGCUACAUCGCCAACAGGGCCAAACAGGCCCAGGAAAGGAAGCGGCUGCAGGGUUUGCUCCAGGCUAGGAGUGCUAGCUUCAGCUUCACUGGGAGCACUGGCAGUGGAAUUGCUGGUCCCAUGGAGGAGCGGGGGAACCCAGAGGGAGCGUGCUCCGUGGGCCAGAGUCCCUGCAGCAGCCUGGACCUGCUGAGUCAGCUGGAGCCCCCCUCCCACGUACAGCCCCCCGUGACAGCUGACAGCACCCAACUGUUCUUCAGGCUGCAGCUCUGAGAACGGGCCGACUUGGAACUGAUGGUGGGAGACGCAGCUAGAAACUUGUUUUGAAUCCAUUUCCUCCGAUUUUUUAUUUUUUUUUUAACAUGACAUAUCUGCUGGUUUCUCCCAGCAGACCGUCUCACCAAGCAGAGCAUCUGAUCCCGUCUCAGUUGAACUCAAACGACCACCACUCGUAGAAACCAGGAGGUGCUUUUCCUCAGCAGGAACUGGGAGGCAGGGAUGAGCCCCGCCCCCUCUGCUCACCUUCCCAUCGCUCACUUCCUGGUUCAAGCUUACACACUGAGGAUGCAGAUACUGUAAUACUGUACUCACCGGUCACACUGUCACCCUGCAGAAGGUUCUGGUUGCCCCCUUAAACUCCCCCACCCACCCCCACCACACACACACACACACACCGUUCUCUUCACCAUCCCCUUACCUGGUACAGUUUCUUUUAAAGCAACAGGCUCUGCCCUGUGGAAGUUGGAAAAUGGACUUUAGUGAAAAGUUUUUAUAUAAUAUAUUAACUGACAUUUGUGUUGAAUCUGACCUGCUCUCAUGUUUCUGUAUUUUUUUAGACAUGACCUCACAGUAGCAAUAGAUACUAGAGAAUAGGAUUUUAAUACUUUUUUUUAAUUUGCUUGAACUUUUUAGAUAUAAAUUAGAUUGUUUACGUGGAGGCAUUACCAACUCGUUAUUAUUAUUAGCAAUAUUUUGAACAUGAUAGCAUGUCAUGAAGAAAAAUGUACAGUUUGAUGCUGACAGUCUUGUCUUUGCUGAAAAAGAUGGACUGGUUUUUCAAUGCAGGAUUGAAAAUGUCGACUUUUUUUUUUUUUAAAGGACUAAUUCUAGUCGUUCUGUUGUAACCGGACUGAGCUCCUCUUCUGUUGACUGUAGUCCGUGGCAUGUCCAGGCGCCGACACCCUGUUCUUUAACUGAGCCGCUUCGACCCGGCCCUUUAUGUUGACCGCAUGCCUUUUUAAGCACACUACUGAUUUCCUCCAUUUUAUCAAUGCUUUUUAUAUGAAGAUUUAAGAUUUUAGCCGCUUUUCGGAUCACCUCGUGUUGGGGAGCAGGGCAUCGCGUUCAGAUCCCUGUUUUCGUUUCUCCGUGCUACUAAAGGAAGAUGGGAAUGAUCUUGUUUGUUCCGUUUGCCCUGCCGUCCAAGUUCUUUGAGCAGAAACUCUCAAGACAAUAUUGAGUUCAAACAAUGUGUAAUUAUGACAUAAAUAAAACUCGGAUAACACUGAAA